AUGGCGGUUGAACAGCGCAAGGGCUGGUUCAAGGACCAGAUCCGGUUCGUGAGCAUCAUGAUCACGAUCUUCAUCUCUCUGGGGUCUUUCACCUAUGGCUACUGCAGCUCCAUCAUCGCCACCACCUUGGGACAACCCAACUUCUUCAGCUACCUUCACCUAGCCACUGAAGGUCCUGGCUUGUCUCACACAAAUGCCAUCACCGGUGCCAUGAACGGUCUCUUCCAGGCCGGUGGCCUUAUUGGAUCGCUCGUUAUUGGCCCUUGCUGCGACAAAUUCUCACGGCGAGGCGGCAUUGGAAUCGCAGCGGCGACCUGCUUGGUCGGCGGAGCUCUGCAGUGCGGGUCCGUCGAUGUCGGCAUGUUCUUGUUCGCAAGGGCGUUGACUGGAAUUGGAACUGGCAUGAUCGUGUGCGGAGUGCCGCUCUAUCAAAGCGAAGUCGCUCCUCCACACACCCGUGGCGUUUUUGUCGGAGCCCACGGAGCCCUGCUCUGCACCGGCUACUCGGUCGCUGGCUGGGUUGGCUACGGCUGCUACAGCUACACCGGACAGUUCCAGUGGCGUUUCCCACUCGCGGUGCAGUGCUUUGCGCCCCUAAUGUUGCUUGGUGGAUUGUUCUUCAUCCCAGAGAGUCCUCGUUGGUUGGUGCUCCACGACAAACACGAUAAAGCCUUUAAAGUGAUGGAGUGGCUUCACCGUGAUCCGAAUGAUCCACAAGGCGUGCUUGUCAAAGAGGAGUUUUACGCCCUGCUGAAACAGCUCGAGCUCGAGAAACUGCACGGAGCUGGAGGGUACAGAGAACUCUUCACUGGCUGGCCGAACCGAAAGCGCCUCCUUAUCGGCUUCUUCACCAUUUUCGGUGGACAGUGCACAGCAACCAUUGUCAUCAACAACUACGGCGUCAUCCUGUACACCGCCCUGGGAUACGUGGCGCCCACCACUCUUGCAUUCACGGCGGGCUGGGUUACGGUUGGAGUCGGUGGAAACGCGCUAUCCGCCCUGAUCGUGGAUCGAGUGGGACGAGUGAGGCUUUUGAUCAUCGGAUUCUCCGGGUGUCUCAUGGCUCUCAUCAUUGAGAUGGCUCUGCUAGCCACCUACAAGGGAACUACCAACAAGGCUGGGCUCGCGGCGGCUGUGUCCUUCCUUUUCAUCCACGUUGGCUUCUACAGCUCCUGCGUCGACGCUGUGACCUACAUCUACUGCACGGAGAUCUUCCCCAACCAUCUCCGCGCCCGAGGCACAUCCAUCUCCGUAUCCGGCCUCUUCUUCGCUACCGUCAUCUACACCUGCGCCGCGCCGACUGCUUUCGCCAACAUCGGUUGGAGGUAUUACAUUGUCUUCGCCGUCACGACCGCCAUGACAGUUGUCGCGUGUAUCCUCUGGUGGCCCGAGACGAAAGGCUUGUCGCUCGAGGAAAUCAACGCGCUGUUCGGCGACGAAGUGGCCGUCGACGUUGGACACAUGACCAAGGAACAGCGAGAGGCUCUCGACGAGAAGAUCUUUGCACAGCAGAUCGAGUUUGAAGGCGGCAACACCGCCGAGAGCGAGAAGGUGUAA